AUGAACUCAGAAAACAACACGAGAGAUCCAGAAUUUCUACUUCUGGGGUUUUCAGAAAUGCCCACACUGCAGUCCCUCAUCUAUGGCCUCUUCCUGUCCAUGUACCUGAUCACCGUGCUCGGGAAUCUGCUCAUCAUCCUGGCCUCCAUCUCUGACCCCCAUCUGCACAAACCCAUGUACUUCUUCCUCGCCAACCUGUCCUUCGUGGACAUCUGCUUCACUUCCACCACCGUCCCCAAGAUGAUGCUCAACAUCCAGACCCACAGCCAAGGUAUCAGCUAUGUGGGCUGCAUCGUUCAGAUGUUCUUCUUCUUGGUUUUUGUAGAGCUGGACAAUUUCCUGCUGGCGGUGAUGGCCUAUGACCGCUUCGUGGCUAUCUGUCACCCCCUGCACUACACAGUCAUCAUGAACCCCCAGCUCUGUGGCUGGCUGGUGCUAGGGUCCUGGAUUGUAAGUACCUUGCACGCCUUGUUGCAGAGUUUAAUGGUGUUCCGGCUGUCCUUCUGCAGGGUUGUGGAAAUCCCUCACUUCUUCUGUGAGCUAAACCAGCUGGUCCAGCUUACGUGUUCCGACACAUUCCUCAAUGAUUUGGUGAUGUAUUUUGCACUGGUCCUCUUGGCCACUGUCCCACUGGCUGGCAUCCUGUAUUCAUACUCCAGGAUUGUGUCCUCCAUCCGGGCCAUCUCGUCUGCCCAGGGGAAGUACAAGGCCCUGUCCACUUGUGCAUCUCACCUCUCCGUGGUCUCUUUAUUCUACAGCACAGGGCUGGGGGUAUAUCUCAGUUCUGCGGCCACCCACCACUCGCGCUCAACGGCCACGGCCUCUGUGAUGUAUACAGUGGUCACCCCCAUGCUGAACCCCUUCAUCUACAGUCUGAGGAACAAGGAUGUCAAGAGAGCUCUGAGGAAGCUCUUAGGAGGCAAAGCCUAA